AUGUCUCUGAAUAGUAUUAAGUAAAACUUGGAUAAUGAUGAUGAAAGUGAAACACUUGAAUUAUUCGGAGAUCUUUACCAGCGCCCUGCCUCCAUUAGGGACUUAUCACUAAACUAUCAGAAUAAUGGCUUAGAUGAUGAGACAUUAAUAACAUAGGUUUUAGAAAAGCUCGAGAAUUUUUCAUCUUUGGAAUCAUUUUCCUUAUAGCUAUAAUAAAAUAAAAUUAAAGAAUAAGGACUGCAUAGCAUUGGCGAAGAACUUUAAAAAAUGCAUAAUUUAAAAGAGCUAGAAGUUAAUUUGAAGAAUAAUAAUAUAGGAAAUAGUGGUUUAGAUUCCCUUUUAAAAAAAAUAAAAUCAAAGAAUUUAGAUUAUUUAGAGCUCAUUUUAUAGAAUUGUGGAUUAAAAGACGAAGGUCUACCUGAAGUUUUUGAUCGUUUUACAUAUAAAAACCAUAGCAUCAAAAACUUUAGGCUUUCUUUGCACAAUAAUUAUCUAUCAGAUUAAACCAUAGACAGUAUAACUUAGCAUAUUUGCAGAAUGACUAAUAUCAAUUAAUUUAUGUAUUGUGUAGGAAAGAAUAACAUAUCUAAAGAAUCAGGCAGGUAUAUCAUGAAAUCACUACAAAAUUUAAAUAAAUUGAAGGAUCUUGAGCUAUAUUUCUACAAUAACUCAAUCUAGAAUACUGGGCUCAUAAAUGUAUUAAAAUGCAUUGCCAAUUUUCCAUAUUUACAAGAAUUGACCAUACAUUUUCAAAAAGCAUAAAUUAGUGAAGGAGCAAUUAUUCCAGUAUAGCACAUUAAGCCUGAUUUUCCUCUUCAUACAAUUGAUUUUAAUUUUUAUAAGAAUGACAUCAAUGAUGACACUAUUAUUUCAAUAACUAAACAUAUAUCGCAAUUUAAAUAAUUAUAAAGACUAUCCUUGUCCCUGUUUAAUAAUAAAAUUGGAGAUUAAGGAUUUGAGCAAAUAUCUUCCUUGUUAUCUGAACUACCUCAUUUAUUCUAUCUUUAAAUUUAUAUUGGAUAAAAUGAAGUAACAGGAAUGGGACUUGAGUAAUUUGCUGAUAAUAUCACCUCAAUAAAAAGUCUUUAAAAUUUUAAUCUUUGGACAGUUCCAAGCGAAAUAUAGCAAAUAAGCUUUUGCUAUUUAAUUAACAAAAUUUCAAAACAUCCUCAAAUUAGAUCUUUAACUUUAGAAAUAGGGUUAGAAGAUAAAGAAAUUAGUGAUUUACUAAUUUAGUCAGUCCUCACAUUACAAAAUAUUUAUGAACUGAAUAUAGAUCUUUUCAACUUUUGUGAAGAAAGUUUAGCCUACUAAAUAAUUAAAAAAUUACCUCUCCUUGUUUUAGCCUACGAAUUAGAUUACGAAGAUUGA